CAGCCCCUGCGCUCGCGCGUUCCCGCCUCACGAGAGUCGUCGUGCGCCUGCGCCCUCGGGGGGGCAGCCUUCGGGCUUCGGCCUUUCGCUCAAUUUUUCCAAUGUUUCCCUGCUGCGGCUGCCUGGUCUGAGCUUGCGCAGAGAACUCAGCGCUAAGAGUGUCUAAAGCCACAGGGGAAAAUGGUGGAAAAUUCACCGUCGCCGUUGCCAGAAAGAGCGAUUUAUGGCUUUGUUCUUUUCUUAAGCUCCCAGUUUGGCUUCAUACUUUAUCUCAUGUGGGCUUUUAUUCCUGAAUCUUGGCUAAACUCCUUAGGCUUAACAUAUUGGCCUCAAAAAUACUGGGCAGUGGCAUUACCUGUGUAUCUCCUUAUUACUGUAGUAAUUGGUUAUGUGCUUUUGUUUGGAAUCAACAUGAUGAGCACCUGUCCACUCAACUCCAUUCAUACAAUCACAGAUAAUUAUGCUAAAAAUCAACAGCAUAAGAAAUACCAAGAAGAGGCCAUUCCAGCAUUAAGAGAUAUUCCUAUUAGUGAAGUAAACCAAAUGUUCUUUCUUGCAGCCAAAGACCCUUACACUAAAAGCUGAAUUGUAUGUAGACAUGUUAACACCAAGCAUUUGCUUAUAAGUGUUUAACAUAAUUUUGACCAUAAUUAUUUUGAGCAUCUCUCUUACUAAUACCCAGUAUUGAGAUGUAAAAAAAAGUAAGUUGGUCUUCUAUUAGAUUAAGUUCAAUUAAUAUUGGAAGUGUUCUAAAGUAUUAUUAAUGGACAGAAUAAAUAAAAUACUACAUUACCAUAUA